UUCCUUUUGUUUGCCUCCCCCCUCAGCCUUUUCCUGUUACAUGGCAUAUUUUUCUACAUCCUUCCCAAUUUCCUUUAGUCAUUAUUUUGGCAAUUAGCAAUAAUUUUAAAAGAAUAUUUCCAAAUUUUUGAAAUUAAAUUUUAACUCCUCUUUUUUGCUAAUUUAAAACUUUCUUUAACCUAUUUAUUCUUUAAUUUUGACUAGAUAUAUUUCCUCACCCGUUGUUUUAUAUUCCCUCUUAACGCAUUUUAGCCAUUGUCUCUCCUUAUUUCCUCAACAUUUAAGUCCCGCCCCCUUCCUUCUCAAAAUUUUUUACCGUUUUUAGUGUUCAUUUAUUUAAGUUUAUUCACUCACAAAUAUUUUUUAGUUAAAAAAUUUUUGGUCAACCAAGUAAAUUAAAAUAAAAUUCUUAUUAACUACACAAAAAUAUUUUAAUUUUAAACAAUAACUGACACAAAAUGAUGUUCACUUAUUGGCCACCUUCUAAACAUUGCUUUAUAUGCCCCCCAAAUCAUCAUCAUCAUCAUUAUCACCCUUCUUCUUCAUUACCUCUUCGUUGUGCCAUUUCUUUGGGUGAUUUGCCUGAUCACAUUUUUCUUCAAAUUUUAAAUGAUCAAAAACAAAUUAUUGGGAAUUCUCAACAUCAAUCUACUUCUUCUUCCUCUUCCUCAUCCACACAAUCCUUUCCUCAAUAUAAUAAAAUAAUGAAAUCAACAAUAAUGAGUGAUGAAAAAUUAAAUGAAGAAUGGGAGGGAAAUGAUAAUAGAAUUGAAAUUUUGCAAAAGCGAACGAGCCAAAAAUCUGUUGGAACCCAAACAGUCAACAACAAUAUUCCCUUCAAAAUUGAGGAAGAAGAAUUUGAAGAUAAUGAAGAAGAUUCCAAAAUUAUUUGUGCACAAAUAGCUCAAUCCCUCUUAGACAUUGCAGAUCGUUGGGCACAACAACAACAAGAAAUUCCGACAAAAUCUUUUUGGUUGUUUGGUUGGUUAAAAAUGAAAGUUUUUAGAUUCUUUGGAUAA